CAAAACUAGAAAAUUUAUAAUAAAAAAGAAAAUUUUUUGAAAAACAACCUGGAAAAUAUUUUUUGAACAUCAAUUAAGAAAAAAAUUAAACAAAAAAAAAUACAAAACAUUUUUUUGAAAAAUGUCAUGCAACGGAAAAAUGGAAUCAGAAGAUGAAUUAAUUAUCUAUAUGGAUGAGUUUACGAAGAAUAAAAAAUUAAAUGAGGAUUUAAAUAUCAAGAGUUCGGAGAGAUUAUUGGAGACUGAUAAUGUAAAUAAUCCAAAACCAACAUACGGUCCUGAGAUUGAUGACCUUGAGCCGGACGAGAAACCUUUGGACUACGGACCCAAUGACCAUGGAAUCGAUGACGGCUUUUUACCAGAACGACCGAAAUUUAAACCGCCAAAAAAUUUUCCCACAUAUCCGCCUACACCACAACCACAUUAUCCUGGUUUUAUUCCCGGAUAUUUGCCGGGCGAGACACCAACGCCAGACGUUAAUGUUUAUCAACAGAAGAAAACAAUAGCCCAAGGUAUGAUGGAUCUUGCAUUAAUAUCGGCAAAUGCAAAUCAAUUUCGUUACGUUCUGCAAAGCAGUGGCAGUCAUCCCUAUUAUUAUCCAUCAUUGGCAAUGAUUGGAAUGAGUCUCAUAUUACAAAUUGCCAUUGGAAUAGGCCUUAUUUGGAAUAGUCGAUACAAUGUUAAAGUCGAUUCAGAAAUGUGUAAGGCAAAUCGAGCCAGUAAUUGGACAAUUAUUGGAAUUUUCUCCGUGACCGUACUCAAUGUUUUUAUAUCAUCAUUUGGCGUCGUUGACUCCAUUGAAACGCCUCCAGUCAAUACCUGAUGUUAACUUUUGUUCACACCAUUUAAUUUAUUCGUAUUUUUUGUUACAAUUUUACACUUUUUUUUAUUUAAGCAAAAAAUUAAAUGAUUUUAAUUUUAGAAAAAAUAUUUUUAGUUUAAAAAAAAGAGUAUAUUUAAAAUAUUUCUAACCAUCUCUGCCUAUGUUGACUUAUCCCCACUCCAACGCUUUUGAAUGUAGUUUCCAUCGUCCCCACGAGGUGAUCUAAUGAGGCAUUCAUAAUUGUCAUUUUUUUGUCGAUAACGCUCAAACUGAUUAAAAAAGUUAAUUUAAAAAAUAUAUUUAAAAUAUUUUUAAUUAAUUAAUGAAAGAAAUGGCAAUUUUUCUUGAUAUUUAAAAAAAU